AUGGGUUAUAGUCCAAAUAAUAAUUUUAGAAUCGGCCAUAUUAACUUGCAUCACUCUAUCGUGGCUCACCACCAGCUUGAUGAGGAUAUCACAGAUCUGAAUUUGCAAGUAAUCAGCCUAAGUGAGCCCUAUUUUGACGGAAGGAACAAUAUUGUCGGCUUUCCUGUUAAGUGGAAAAUCCAUUAUAAGAGUGUAAAACUAAGAGCAACAAUUUUAACUGCGCAAGGGGUAAAUAACCUGUUUAACAUUAUGAAUGAACGUGACAUUGUUGCAGUCACCUUUAACUUGGAUAGAGAGGAGAUAAUAUUCAUAUCAGUAUACCUUUCUCCAAACGAGGAUAUUACCGGGAAUCUUUUGACCCUGGCAGCACUCUUGACCAAACACUCUGACAAAAAAGUGAUCGUUGCUGGAGACUUUAACGCAAAGUCGAGAGCUUGGGGUCCCACUACAAAAGCCAGGGGAAAGAUUCUUCUGGAAUUUUUUGCACAACAUGAUAUUGAUGUCGUUAAUGAUCCUAAUGGACUGCCAACAUAUAACUCUAUCCUGUGUCAGAGUUGGGUGGAUCUUUUUAUCGACAAUAUUAAGGAACUGGCUCAAUAUGAGGUGCAUGACAACAUAUCUUGUUCCGACCAUGCACUCAUUACUGUGGGGAUCGAUAGGAGCGAGAUCAUUCAGAAAACUAGGCAAUGUAACAUCAAAUUUGAAAGACUCGACUGGCUAGCCCUCAGGAUGAAACUACGAGAUAUUAUAGAAAUGCACGACCUCAGUCUCAUUGAGAUACCAGAACAAGUGGAAAACAGUAUUGUGAGAAUAACAGAGGAUGUUGUGAAUGCAUGUAACGCAAGUAAACUAAAAUCAGUUGCGGGAAGGCGUCGGCAUUCCUCAUGGUGGCAUCCGGCUCUGGGUCAAAUGCGUCGGCAUGUAAGAGCGCUACGAAGACGAUACCAACGGACAAUGGAUGACCAAGAGCGUGUGAAAUUGAGAAUUGAAUUCAAAAAGCAGCUGUCGAUCUAUAAAAAAAGUAUUAGAAAGCCAAAACAACUAACCUAA